AUGGGAGCAUAGCAAUGUUGCGGCUCGUAAACAGUCACUCACUCCUCUCAAUCGAUUUCAAAUGCAAUAUCUUAGGAGAGUCAAUUUACAAAUGAUAUUGAUGUAUUCAGAAAGGUUGUCAUUUAGCCUAUUAAACCUCUGCCUCUCAAAAGAUUUGAGAACUUAAAGGAAGUUAUGGAUGAUGACAUUGAUGAUAUUUUGAAUCAUUUUCGUGAAUUAGAAAAUGAAUGA